GCGGACAGUCUGCUCUUAAAGGGCUCAACCGUUGACUCCUGUGGUGGCGAGGUCCAGAGAGAGCAGUCGCCUAGCCCAGGUUGCACAGCAAGGGAGGAUUCUUCCGGCGCCCGCCGAGGCUUGGCUUGGCUUUAAAAAGCAGAGAGCGGCGAGGGCCCGCCGAUCUCCCGGGGAGCUGGAGUCUGGGCGGGGAUGUGGCGCCGAGAGCUUUUGCUUCUUUCUCCUGCCAGGGAGGCUGGAUGUAGGGUUUGGGCUUCUUCCAGAAAGAGCCGAACUCAUGACAAGGGAAGCGGAACUGGUUUCCCAGGCGGUCUCCCCCGCCCCAAACUUUUCCUCCUAGGCGGAGGGUGGGCUGGCGGAGGGAGGAAAAGGGGCCGAGAAAGGUGGGGCCAGCCGUUCCCUCUCCCCAGGCAGCAGCUGCUCUGGAAUGCCAAUCCGGACUCUGCUUGAGCUCAGGAAGGCGUGAAUCCCUCUCCUGCCAGUCACAAAGAGUCUGGUGGAUGUGUCUACUCUGACUGCCAUCCUGUAGCUGCUGAGGCCUUCUCCUGGGUCCCUGAGGUCUUGGGUCCUGAGGCUGCCAGCAGACUAUGGGUACAACGGCCAGCACAGCCCAGCAGACGGUCUCGGCAAGCGCCCCCUUUGAGGGCCUCCAGGACGGUGGCUCGAUGGAUGGUCGGCACUCACUCAGCGUCCACUCCUUCCAGACCACAGGCUUGCACAACAGUAAGGCCAAGUCCAUCAUCCCCAACAAGGUGGCCCCCGUCGUGAUCACGUACAACUGCAAGGAGGAGUUCCAGAUCCACGAUGAGCUGCUGAAAGCCCAUUACACCCUGGGCCGACUCUCAGAUGCCACCCCCGAGCACUACCUGGUGCAGGGCCGCUACUUCCUGGUGCGGGAUGUUACUGAGAAGAUGGACACGCUGGGCACCCUGCAGAGCUGUGGGGCCCCCAACUUCCGGCAGGUGCGGGGCGGGCUCGCUGUGUUCGGCAUGGGACAGCCCAGCCUCUCAGGGUUCAGGCAGGUCCUCCAGAAACUCCAGAAGGAUGGACACCAGGAGUGUGUCAUUUUCUGUGUGCGGGAGGAACCCGUGCUCUUUCUGCGAGCUGCUGAGGACUUUGUACCCUACACGCCUCGAGACAAGCAGAAUCUUCAUGAGAACCUCCAGGGCCUUGGACCCGGGGUCCCGGCGGAGCGCUUGGAGCUGGCCAUCCGGAAGGAGAUCCACGACUUUGCCCAGCUGAGCGAGAACAAGUACUACGUGUACCACAACACCGAGGACCUGCGGGGGGAGCCCCACGCCGUGGCCAUCCGGGGCGAGGACGAUGUGCACGUGACUGAGGAGGUGUUUAAGAGGCCCCUUUUCCUGCAGCCCUCCUACAGGUACCACCGUCUGCCCCUGCCAGAGCAAGGGGCCCCCCUGGAAGCCCAGUUCGAUGACUUUGUCAGUGUCCUCCGGGAGACCCCCAGCCUGCUGCUGCUCCAAGAUGCCCACGGGCCUCCCCCUGCUCUCCUCUUCAGCUGCCAGACGGGCGUGGGCAGGGCCAGCCUGGGCAUGGUUCUGGGAACACUCCUCCUGUUUCACCGUGGUGGGACUGCCUUGCGGCCGGAGGCUGCCCCUAUGAAGACCAAGCCAUUGUCCAUGGAGCAGCUCGAGGUGGUCCAGAGCUUUCUCCACAUGGUGCCCGAGGGGAGGAGGAUGGUGGAGGAGGUGGACAGAGCCAUUGCUGCCUGUGCCGAGUUGCACGACCUGAAGGAAGUAGUCCUGGAAAACCAGAGGGAGCUGGAAGGCAGCCGGGCACAGGGAAGCAGCAGCCAGCACGGUGUCCAGCAGAGGGCGCUUCAGAGCCUGGAGCGGUACUUCUACCUGAUCCUGUUUAACUACUAUCUCCAUGAGCAGUACCCGCUGGCUUUUGCCCUCAGUUUCAGCCGCUGGCUGUGUGUCCAUCCUGAACUGUACCGCCUGCCUGUGACACUAAGCUCAGCGGGGCCUGUGACCCCCAAGGACCUCAUCGCCCUGGGCUCCCUGGUGGCAGAUGACCUCAUCUCCCCAGAUGCACUCAGCACCGUCAGAGAGAUGGACGUGGCCAACUUCCGUCGGGUGCCCCGUUUGCCCAUCUAUGGCACGGCCCAGCCCAGUGCCAAGGCUCUGGGGAGUAUCCUGGCCUACCUGACCGACUCCAAGAGGAAACUGCAGCAAGUCGUGUGGGUCAACCUGAGGGAGGAGGCUGUGCUGGAGUGUGACGGGCGAACCCACAGUCUGCGGCGGCCUGGGCCCCCCAUGGCCCCUGACCAGCUGGAGAACCUGGAGUCCCAGCUGAAGGCCCACCUGACCAGGCCUCCCCCCGAUGCUGACGGCCCGCGGACCCACAGGUUCCAGACGUGCCUCACCAUGCAGGAGGUCUUCAGCCAGCACCGCGGGGCCUUCCCCGGCCUCACCUACCACCGCAUCCCCGUCCCAGACUUCUGCGCCCCUCGCGAGGAGGACUUUGACCGGCUGCUGGGGGCCCUGCAGGCUGCCCUUGCCAAGGACCCGGGUACUGGCUUCGUGUUCAGCUGCCUCAGCGGCCAGGGCCGGACCACGACUGCCAUGGUGGCGGCUGUGCUUGCCUUCUGGCACAUCAGAGGCUUCCCUGAGGUGGGCGAGGAAGAGCUGGUGAGCGUGCCUGAUGCCAAGUUCACCAAGGGCGAGUUUGAGGUGGUGAUGAAGGUGGUGCAGCUGCUGCCCGAUGGGCACCGGGUGAAGAGGGAGGUGGACGCGGCGCUGGACACGGUCAGCGAGACCAUGACGCCCAUGCACUACCACCUGCGGGAGAUCAUCAUUUGCACCUUCCGCCAGGCGAAAGCGGCCAAGUCGGAGCAGGAGGCCCGGAGGCUGCGGCUGCGGAGCCUGCAGUACCUGGAGCGCUACGUCUGCCUGGUGCUCUUCAGCGCCUACCUGCACCUGGAGAAGGCCGGCUCCUGGCAGAGGCCCUUCAGCGCCUGGAUGCGGGAGGUGGCAGCGAAGGCCGGCGUCUACGAGAUCCUCAACCAGCUGGGCUUCCCCGAGCUCGAGAGCGUGGAGGACCAGCCCUUCUCGAGGCUGCGCUGCCGGUGGCAGGAGCAGAACCGUGGCCCUGAGCUCUCCGCAUCAGGGGACUUCCUGUAGGAAGGGGGCUUCCUGUGGGAUGUGCUCCCCCUGCUUCGGCUAUCACCACCUCCUACAGGGCCACCUCCCUCCCCACGUAGUCUGGGGAUACCCAAUGCUCUUCGGUGGCAGUGGCCCUGAGAAACGACUCCUCGGCUUCCCAGAGACCAGGGUGGGUGGGGAUCCCCUUUUUGAAAGAGUUGUUAUAGCAUAGUUGGCCACAGUGAUGUCUUGUGAAUGGCUGCUCCUGGAGGGCCUGCAGGAAGGCCCGGUGUGGCAUCAGCUCUCCAAGGCACUCACUCCCCAAGUUGCCAAGCCAAACCUCUCGCCACUUCCAUCCUCCCCUCUGCCCCGAGCAGUUCUGAUGGCCCCUGGCCUAGAGCAGUCCUGGCCAGUGUUGGUUCCUUCUCUCGCAGCUCUCCCACAUGGCUUCUCCCCUUUUGCUGCCUGAGCGCUGCCCUGGUGGCCUGGGAGAUGGACUUCACUCUGGCUAGAUUUGUUACCUUAAAGGCAGUUUUCCGCAGUGUUCUUGCCUCUGAUUCCUUGUCUCAACCUCAAGACAUGAAGAAAGACAACCACAUUCCCUGUGCGUUCAGUGGAGGCCUCUGUCCCUCCUGCCUUUGCCCCCUCCCCUCCCCUGGGCUGGCAGGACUGUAGAGGUUUCCAUGGAGCUGAAAACAAAAGGGAACCCCCCCUUGGGGUUGGAGGGGGCAAGAAAGAGCUCCCAGAAGGUGCAUGCCACCCUGUGGGAGAGGCCUGCUCCAUUUCCCUGGAAGCAUGGUGGGGAGGUUUGGGGAAGCACCUCCUCCCUGCUCUGCCUGGCCCCCCAACAGUGGUCUGAGCCUCCACCUGAUGUGGCAGGAGCUGUGGGGACUCCUGGGUGACCCGGAGUGAGCAGUGGGGUGUGUGAGAGUGGGCCAGGGAUGGCACUAGGGGGCACUUGGAUUGCAGGCCAUCCUUGCUGAGCACCCUCAAGUUGCCUUGUGAUGGGAGCAGAAGAGGCCAAGGCCUGCCGAGUUGGCAGCUGCUGGGACCAACUGUGUGGAUGGUGGGAAGGUUGCUCGGAGACGCAGGCAGGUGUUGAGCUGAGCCUGUGGCUCUCCCUCUGGGGACUGGUCUCCCCCUAAAAUGCAGGGGCUGAACGGUAUGGACUCUGUCCCCCUGGCCUGGCUCACUGGGGCCAGGCAGGCCUCUUCUGGUUGGACACCAGCACUUGGGCAGAAAAACAGAUGAUGUAUCACUGGUCGUGGUAUUUUUGAAGAGGCAGAUGAGGCCAAAGUUGUUCACGUCUACCUAGUAUUGGAAAAUAUAUGACCAUUUUGGCUGAAUUCUUUUGCAAAUCUACUGUAUGUCUUUUCACUACCUUUUUAGAUUUGUUGUUUUUGGUUUUAUUUUUGCAUGUAGUAAAAAGUGUUAAUUUCUCUGCAGACAAGGUCUAGAUGAGGGGUCAGAGAUCAGGGCCGAACUGGGAGGGAUCCUUUGCGUUCUCAUGGUUGGCCCUAACUUUCAGCUGUUCUGGGACUACUGGCUGGUCACAUCACCUCUCUGCCUCAGUUUCCCCAUCUGUAAAAUGGGAGAAUAAUACUUGCCUACCUACCUCACAGGGGUGUUGUGAGGAUUCAUUUGUGAUUUUUUUUUUUUUACAGAUCUUUUGAGCAUUAAAAAUGGCUAAAUGUGAA